UAUUGACCAAAGUGCAUCACCGGUAAUGAUUAGCUAUUAGCUUGUUCUAAGAAGAAGAAAUACGAAUUCUCUUCGUCUGUAUUUACGCUAUUAACGUUGUCUGCUAGAAUUAUUAUUAUGUUGUUGUAAUAACGCUCCGGCGCCGCUAAAUCUUACAAAAUUCUGACCCAGUGUGGAACUGCACCGUCAUAAUGUCCUGCGUGUACCUCCUCCUGCUGCUGCUGCUGGGUGUGGGAAUCUCGGCGGUGGAAGUCCAACGACCUCGCGGUGUCCCUUUAUCAAAACGGCAGUUCUAUGAGGAAGACAAACCUUUUACUUGUCUGGAUGGCUCCCGCACUAUUCCCUUUGACAGAGUGAAUGAUGACUACUGUGAUUGCCAGGACGGCUCUGAUGAGCCAGGUACUGCUGCUUGUCCAAAUGGCAGCUUCCACUGCACCAAUGCAGGUUUCCGACCAGCCUUCAUCCCUUCCUCGCGCAUCAAUGAUGGAAUCUGCGACUGCUGUGACACAACAGAUGAGUACAACAGUGGUGCUGCCUGUCAGAACACAUGCAGGGAGUUGGGGCGCAAAGAGAGGGAGAGCCUGCAGAAGAUGGCAGAGAUUGCUAAGGAGGGCUUUCUGCUUAAACAACAACUUAUCCAGGAGGCCAAGAGGGGUCUCGAGGACAAGAAGGCCAAACUUGCAGAUAUUCAGGUCAGUAAGAAGGAUCUGGAAGAGAGGGUGGAGGCUCUUAGAACUGUAAAAGAGACUGCAGAACAGCCAGAGAAAGAAGCCAAAGAGCUCCAUCUGAAGGCCUGGGAAGAUGAAAAAGCUCUCAUUCGCAUGGAGAAGGACAAAGCUAGAAUGGCCGAGGUGUUUCUUGAACUGGAUGAUGAUGCAGAUGGCUUUGUCUCAGUGGCUGAUCUUCUGUCCCAUUCUGAGCUCGACCCAGAAUCAGAUGGUUCAUUCACGGAAGCAGAGGCUCAGGGAUUGUUGGGAGGAGUGGACAAAGUCGACACAGUAGCAUUUGAGUCUGUUUGGAAUAACAUCAAAGAAAAAUAUAUAUCAGAGGCCAAUGCAGACACCCCAGCACCAGUGGACACUCCUCAGGAGGAGAUUAGGGAGCCAGUUCCCGACAAUGACUCUGAGCAGUACCCUGAAGAUGACAUCCCAGAGGAAGAGGAGGAGGAUGAUGACGAGGAUGAAGAUGAUGACCCAGAUGAGGUGGACUAUAAGAGCCCUCCUACGAUACAGACUCAAGAAAAGAAAGAUGACGAUGAGGGGACUAUGCCACCUUUCGACCAACAAACGCAGGACCUCAUUGAUGCUGCUCAGAAAGCCAGGGAUGCAUUUGAUGAGGCUGAGAGAGCUCUCCGAGAAGUGGAUGAUCAGAUCAAGAACCUUGACAAGGAAAUCUCCUUUGACUUUGGUGCCAGUGCUGAGUUCGCCUACCUCUAUAACCAGUGUUAUGAGUUGACUACUGGCGAGUACAUCUACAGGCUUUGCCCGUUCAACAGAGUAUCCCAGAAACCCAAGUUUGGUGGAUCAGAAACUAACCUGGGAACAUGGGGGAAAUGGGCAGGUCCUGAGGAUAACAUCCACUCUGUGAUGAAGUAUGAACAUGGAACAGGCUGUUGGCAAGGCCCUAACAGAUCCACCACGGUUAAGUUGACAUGUGGAAAGGAGACAGUUGUGACAUCUACCUCAGAGCCUAGUAGAUGUGAGUACCUAAUGGAGUUCACCACCCCAGCUGUCUGCCAGGAGCCCGAGAGCCUGGAUUCACUGUAUCAUGGGCACGAAGAGCUCUAGAUUCACUUGAUUUGUUGUUCUUGAGGGACCACAGUCACUGCAGAAGUUGCUACACCAUGAGCGGCACCACAUUGGCUUCAGUUAACAAUCAAGAAUAAACUGUGGAAAUUCCAAUGAGCAGUUAUGUUGUCUACACAUCUAAUUUCCACUGCUCCCUAUUGUGUUAUUGUUUCUCAGAUUUGUGUUAAAUGUAGUCAUUCCAUUGCUUUCAAAUAAAGUUCCUUUUAUCAUA